AAGCUCUUUAUGCGACGAGCACAAACAUAAAUUUGUAAUAAUUCAUGAAGUUGCACUGAGCACCUGAUAUGAAUACUAAUUAGGAUUUAGCAGUGUGGUGGGUGACAAAAGACGCGUAAACAAAAGUAUUAUAAACAAAACAAGCAAAUACUAAACGGUGGCUUCAAUUAAAAUUAAGCAAUUAUUUAUUUCUUUUAAUUUGUAAUAAUUUUUAUUGGUCAAUAUUUGGACACUUAAUGGUUAAAGAUAGUUUGUUUCCACACGAAUAACAAAAAUUAUAUUAGUCUUCAGAAAUAAUUUCAACCGCAAACAUUAUAAAAUUAGUUGGUACAAUGAAGGUUCAAAUUUUUUUAUUUGUGUUGCUUUUAGCAUCAUUUUUUCAACAAGAUCAGGCGAUAUUGAACGACAUUCAUGAUGCGAUUGGCUGGUCUAAUGUAGAUUUAAUAAAUUUUCAAUAUUUUAAGAACUUGCCAUCGCAAGAUCCAAAAAGAGCAGCUCAAGCAAAUCUCUUUCUGGAACAUUUUCAAAAGAAGAAGGCAGUUUUAGAUUAUUUCGAAAAUUUAUUUUUGGGCAAUUCGCCUUUUACUCAAGAGAGUGAAAUUCCAUUUGAUCCCCAUUUUGGUCGAGCUUGGCGUCCUUAUUACGUACGUAAGUUUGGUUGGAAAGGUGAACGGCUUAUCGAUGCUUUGGGAAAGGGGUACUCCGUUAAGCAACUGAAGCAUUUUGGAGCUAUACCUAAGGAUUAUGGUUCCAGAUAUUAUCCUAGCUAAAAACCUUGAAAAUAUUUCAUAUAAUUUGUAUUUAUUCUAUUUAUUAUUAUUUAAAGUAAAUUGUAUUUAUUAAACGAAAUAAUGCUGUUCAUUAAGUGCUGUAAAAAAAACAACCAAAAAGGGUUGCUUACAUAAUUUAAUCUUUAUUUAUUAAAUCGAAUUUGUUUCUUUAAAAAACUUUCUUAAUAUCUGUUAAUAUUUUGGCCACAGUGGAUUUGUUAUAUUACAUACAUAUUUAUACCAAAUCAAUACUUUCAUAGAAAAAAACGACUAUCUUCAGUAAACGUUUAAAAACAAAUUACCUAUGUACAAGACAACUUGAAAUGUAUUAUUUUGGCCUAAGGAAGUGUGGAUUUACUUGUCCUAUGAAUACAUGUACCGCUACAAAAAAAAAGCUUGGUAAAAAUCUUGGUGACCUUAAAAAUAUCAAUAAAUUGGUUUCGGAAACAAACAUAAAUCCCUAAUUUGUAUGGCCUUCGGCUGGUCCUUUUUCCUCUAAGGUACAUCAAUAUAUAGAGAGCGCACUUCACUAAAAAUAACUUUUUGUUUUAGUUUUAUAUGAAAUUAGCAGAACUUUGAGGAUAAUAAAUAAGGAAACUACACAAAAAUUAAACUCAUUUGGA